GGUGGCGCUCGCUGUUCGUACAGCUGAGAGAGGAGAAGACAAGCAAAAACCAGACAGUAGCGUUUACAAACAAACAAACAAAUACACAAGAGACACCACUGGAGGAAAACCAGGAACCUGUAAUUUACCUGGGUAAGGCAGGUUUAUGGAUCUUGUGGAUACCGACUGGAAGAGACCAGCAAUGGCAACUCCUGAUGAUUUACAAUUUGAAGAGUUUGAAGAGGCGGCCCAGCUGCUCUCAGCCAAUCCAGAGGCAGUGACUCGGAGUGCACUGGACCUGAGCAGCACGGAGAGAGUGAGAAGAGUGAGAGUGAAUCUGUCUGAGGAGGAGGGAGAGGACGAGGAGGGAGAGUUGCUGAGUGGACAGAAGCAGCAGCCGAACUUCUGGUCGUUUGAUUAUUACCAGUCCUUCUUCAACAUCGACACCCUGCAGGUCCUGGACAGGAUAAAAGGCUCCCUCCUCCCACUGCCAGGGAAGAACUUUGUGAAACACCAUCUGCGCAACAACCCGGACCUGUACGGUCCAUUCUGGAUCUGUGCCACUCUGGUCUUCACCGUUGCGAUCAGUGGGAACCUCUCCACCUUCCUCUUGCAGAUGGGAGACCCCAAGUACCACUACAGACCCCAGUUCCACAAAGUGUCGGUCGCGGGGGUCUCUGUGUUCUCCUAUGCCUGGCUCGUCCCCCUGGCUCUCUGGGGAUUCCUGCAGUGGAGGAGCAGCAGCAAUCCCAGCGUGACAAGCUACUCCUUCCUGGAGACUGUGUGUGUGUACGGGUACUCCCUGUUUAUCUACAUCCCCACUUCGAUUCUCUGGAUUAUCCCAGUCGAUUGGCUCCGCUGGCUGCUCAUUCUCUUGGCUAUGGCUCUCUCUGGCUCAGUCCUGGUUCUCACGUUCUGGCCGGUGAUUCGAGAUGACACCAAGCCCUCCUCCAUCGCCACGGUGACAGCCAUCCUGCUGCUUCACGCGCUGCUCGCCGUUGGCUGCAAGACGUAUUUCUUCCAGACAGCCACACAGACGAUGAUGCCACUCCUGUCCCCGGCACCCCCUACAGGAAACCCCGACGUCCUGCUGGCCAACACUACGGGGAAACGGUCCUAGAGAGAGCGGGGGAGGCAGCGUCUCCGCUGAGCUGCAUGGACCUGUUCUUGUGACGUACAGGGGAUUUGCAAACACUGAACCCCUAACAACCCCCUGACCCCUCAACUCUGACCUUGAGGAGAACGCUUUACUGACCCUUCCCAAACUGCAUCCCAAGGCCAUAGGGCACAAGACCAGCACUGGGAUCGCUUCACUGACUGCCGUUCUCCACACUGUCACCUGAUUGAAACAGCAGGGCAGCAAUGGGCACAGGCAGGCAGCGAGCGUGUCGGAGUCGCUGUCUGCAAGUCCCUUAGUGACUGCGACAGUUCAGGGUUGGUUCGUGUUCUGGUGAUUGAUGGUCACGGGCGUGGUUUUUUUUUCAAUAUUUCUUUCAUUAUUAUUUUUUUGGUUCAUCCUGAAUGCACUUGUGUUUUAAACACUCAAAACGAAUGCUUGUGAAGGUGUUUAAAGGUGAUUGAAGGUGAGUGAAGUUGUUCUAACGCCCUGCUUCGCUGCUCCAGGUCUGAUAAUGCAGGGUUCUGUUCACAUGCACUGUGUUCUGGGUUUGGUUUCGGAUGUUUUUUGGAGCACGUUCUCCUGUGUUUAAGGAUGUAAUAGUAAAUAUUUUUAGGAACAUCGCUGGUUUCAGUUUGUAGGGUCAGGGGCUGGCCCGUGCAUGUUGCCGGCUCUCUGCGGUUAGAACUGUUUUCAUGACCACGAGUCACAGGAAGAUAAAGAAAAUAAAACCACCACAAGAGAAA